CCAAAGCUGAGGGGAUUUCUUCCUUCCACCUCUUCCGAUUCACUUUUCCCUCUCCCCCAAAACCAGAAUGCGACAGAACCCAAAUCACUACCAGACAAACCGGCCAUGGCCGGCAUCUCCAAUGCCUCCCUUCGCCUACUCCCCAUUUCUCCCCCCUUUUCCAACCCUUCCUCAAAGCUCUCUUCUUCAUUCUUCCCUUUCUCCAUCCCACCACCAUGUGUCGCCUCCUCCUUCUCCGACGACCACCACCACUCUGCCGCCUCUCCGAUUCCUUCCCAAAACCCUCUUCCUCUUCUUCUACACUCUAAUUUCCCGUCCCUCCAAACCACCUGCUCCUCCUCCCAUUUAAGAGACGCAUUGAAAAUCGAAGAAAAACUCCUUCAGCAACAAAAACCCUAAAAAAAUGGGUGCCGCUCAGGGGAAGCAGCACAAUUCAAUUUCACCGAACAAAGGGAAGGGGAAGGUGAAAUUAGUUAAUGGGUUCCCUCCCACGAGGCGAAAAUUUGACGGGCAGCAUCGAAGAUCGAUGGGUCCUCAUCAUCGGGGCUCGGGUCGGAGGUACGGCGACAAGGGCGACCCGCAACCGCCUCUCAGGACAUACACAGGUGGGUUCGCUGCCGGCGGCGAUGGUGGAGAGAGUUAUGGGGAGACGAAAGAGAGGGAUGGAAGGGAUAGAAAAAUGAAGAGCGAAGGCAGCGGUGGGAGUGGUGGGAGCGAAGGAGGCGUUGUGGGAAGAAUGGAUCCGAUUAGGGGAAUGGAUCCGUUUGGUGUGGAGGAGACUGUCGAUGGCUGGCCUAAGUGGCUCGCUGAUAACGUUCCGAAAGAGGUUUUGGCUGGCGUGGUUAAGAAGAGCGCUGAGGAUUAUGUUAAGCUCGAUAAGAUAGGAUCAGGAACCUACAGCAAUGUGUACAAGGCACGAGAUAGGGAGAGUGGGAAGAUUGUGGCUUUAAAGAAGGUGAAGUUGGACACAUCCGAGCCGGAGAGUGUUAAGUUCAUGGCUAGAGAGAUCAUGAUACUACAGAAGUUGGAUCAUCCAAAUAUUGUCAAGCUCGAAGGGAUCGCCACUUCCCGGCUUCAGUACAGUCUUUACCUAGUCUUUGAUUUCAUGCAGACCGAUCUCCAAACGGUCAUUUCUCGGUACGAGAGGCAACUCACUGAACCACAGGUGAAGUCGUAUAUGCAACAGCUGCUAUCAGGGUUGCAGCAUUGCCAUGAUAAGGGGAUUUUGCACAGAGAUAUUAAAGGAGCAAACUUGUUGAUUGACAAAUAUGGGAUGCUGAAGAUUGCUGAUUUCGGGCUAGCGAAUUAUUAUUCUACUAAACCCAAGAGACCUCUCACUAGCAGGGUGGUGACGCUUUGGUAUAGAGCUCCUGAACUUUUGUUGGGUUCUACAGAUUAUGGUGUGGGGAUUGACCUGUGGAGUGCUGGAUGUCUGAUGGCAGAAAUGUUUUCUGGCCGCCCAAUCAUGCCUGGGAGAACAGAGGUUGAGCAAUUGCACAGGAUCUUUAAGCUAUGUGGCACACCAUCAGAGGAUUACUGGAAAAAACUUAAGCUAUCAACAACUUUUCGACCCCCUCAACUAUACAAACCGAAUCUCCUCAAAGCUUUCCGAGACUUCCCUGAAUCUUCAUUUGGCCUGUUGACCAGUCUUCUUGCUUUAGAUCCUGGGUAUCGGGGAUCUGCACACUCAGCUCUCAGCAACCAAUUCUUUUUCACGAGUCCUUUGGCGUGCGACUUAUCUGGUUUGCCUGUGCUUCGCAAGGAAGAAGAUGAACAAGCUAAUGAACAGAGAAAGUCAAGAAACUCCAACAGGCAACGAGCGAGGAAGCAUCACGAGAGGAGAAAGAAGGAAGUGACAGUCGAAAGAGAGAGGGAGGACAUUGGUGAUCUAGAACAGGAGCCUGAAAUGGUGAACUUUACGCCGUUAGAGGCUGGGAGCAGUCCUACAACUAACACUAAUAGCAGUGGAAGUUCAUCCGGAACCGGAAGGAAUAAGCAGCUAACUGAGAAGAGUGAGAGCCCUCCACCAGCUCUGCCUAUCUAUUCACCAAUUGACUUAUCGAACCAGAAGUUGUUGUUGUCUCCGGGAGAAAGUCCGAGUCCUACGAGGAACAAGAACACGAAGAACCCCCUUCCUCCAUUACCGAUCUCCAAGGCGAGCAGCAUCAAAUACCUCAAGAAUGAUGACAAUAUGUACAGAGUCAGAGCAGCAGUAGUUCAGAGGUCUGCUUCUUCAAGGGAGUUCAGGAAGUUGAAGCCUAGGAAACAACACGUAGAACAGCUCUAUGCAACUGAAGAGUAGUAGUAAGUUCUCCAAAGCCAAAUUCCUAUUUCUUCAUGUUAGGAAGAAGAAUGCGAAAAAUGGGAAGAAAGACUUCCGCGUUGCUCUUCAUUUUUUAGUUGCUAUCUGUUGCAACUUGAGGUUUUUCUUUUUGUUGAAAGUAUUUUCCUUUAAACUCUUUUGCAAAGCUUGCUGCAAUAAGUAUACAUAAUACAUGCUCUCGCAUAGAUACAGGUUAUAUUUAUUUAUAUAAUAUCGCAUAUGAAUUAUGCCACAUUUUUUGUAAUUACUUACUUCUGGGUUAAUGUAAAUUAUUAAGUAUUAAUCAUUUCUUUCUUUUCCCUGUCACCCUGCCUCCACAGCUUGUAGGACCUUACACACUCAAACUCAUGAAUUCUAUAGUUGAUGCAUAAACUUUGGUUGCAGUAUUGUUGUGAGAAUAAAGAA